UCGCGCGCUUCAGGCCUAGUCCGGACUCGCCACAGCCGCCGCCAUAUUCCCGGUAACGGGGGCGCGCGGCCGGGGACCAGCUGGGCCGGAAGAGGGCUCGGGGUCGGCGCUGAGACGGGAAGGGGAGGCAUCUUUCUUACUUUUUCCUCUCUCCGUGUUCGCAAUCUUCUUUCCGGAGCCAUGUCAGAAGGAGUGGAUUUGAUUGACAUAUACGCUGACGAGGAGUUCAAUCAGGACCCAGAGUUCAACAAUACAGACCAGAUUGACCUGUAUGAUGACGUAUUGACAGCCACCUCACAGCCCUCAGAUGACAGAAGCAGCAGCACAGAGCCGCCGCCUCCUGUUCGCCAGGAGCCAUCUCCCAAACCCAAUAACAAGACCCCUGCAAUUCUGUACACUUACAGUGGCCUGCGUAAUAGGCGAGCUGCGGUCUAUGUGGGCAGCUUCUCCUGGUGGACCACAGACCAGCAGCUGAUCCAGGUUAUUCGCUCUAUAGGAGUCUAUGAUGUGGUGGAGUUGAAAUUUGCAGAGAAUCGAGCAAAUGGCCAGUCCAAAGGGUAUGCUGAGGUGGUGGUAGCCUCUGAAAACUCUGUCCACAAAUUGUUGGAACUCUUGCCGGGAAAAGUUCUUAAUGGAGAAAAAGUGGACGUGAGGCCAGCCACCCGGCAAAACCUGUCACAGUUUGAGGCACAGGCUCGGAAACGUGAGUGCGUCCGAGUCCCAAGAGGGGGAAUACCUCCACGGGCCCACUCCAGAGAUUCUAGUGAUUCUACUGAUGGACGGGCCACACCGUCUGAGAGCCUUGUACCCUCAUCUGCCCGCGUGGAUAAGCCCCCCAGCGUGCUGCCCUACUUCAACCGCCCUCCUUCAGCCCUCCCCCUGAUGGGUCUGCCCCCACCACCAAUUCCACCCCCACCACCUCUCUCCUCAAGCUUUGGGGUCCCUCCUCCUCCUCCUGGCAUCCACUACCAGCAUCUCAUGCCCCCUCCUCCUCGAUUACCUCCUCAUCUUGCUGUACCUCCCCCUGGCGCCAUCCCGCCUGCCCUUCACCUCAACCCAGCCUUCUUCCCCCCACCAAAUGCCACAGUGGGGCCUCCACCUGAUACUUACAUGAAGGCCUCAGCACCCUAUAAUCACCAUGGCAGCCGAGAAUCGGCGCCUCCGCCCUCUACAGUGAGUGAAGCAGAAUUUGAAGAGAUCAUGAAGCGAAACAGAGCAAUUUCCAGCAGUGCCAUUUCCAAAGCCGUAUCUGGAGCCAGUGCAGGGGAUUACAGCGACGCGAUUGAGACGCUGCUCACAGCCAUUGCUGUUAUCAAACAGUCUCGGGUCGCCAAUGAUGAGCGUUGCCGGGUCCUCAUCUCCUCUCUUAAGGACUGUCUUCAUGGCAUUGAAGCCAAGUCCUACAGUGUGGGUGCCAGUGGGAGCUCAUCCAGGAAAAGACAUCGGUCCCGAGAGAGGUCACCUAGCCGGUCCCGUGAGAGCAGUAGAAGGCACCGGGACCUGCUUCAUAAUGAAGAUCGGCAUGAUGAUUAUUUUCAAGACCGGAACCGGGAGCAUGAGAGACACCGGGACAGGGAACGGGACCGGCACCACUGAGAAAGGAGUCUGGUUGGAAGCAAAUUUUUUUUAAUGGACUUGCAUCUCCUCACCUUGAUCCAGGACUAAAGGACGGAGGCCGUUCCACCCCUUCCCCUUCCUCCAAACCCCUAACCCUCCCAAGACACCCAGGAGUACCCUCUGCCCUACAGGAUUGAAGACUGCCUGGCAGCCCUCCCAGUUCCACACCUCCCGUUUGCCAGGGGAAAGAACCUAAAGACUCUGUGGUUGGGAGGGGUGGCAGACAGGAAGAACACAUUCAGGCCCCUGGUCUCCAGACAGAGUGGUGCUUUGUCCAAGGAAACAUGAGUUUCUGAUUUUCCAGGAGCACAUCAGUGGUGAGGCUGAUGGGAAGACUUCCUUCCCAAAGACAGUGGAUGCUCCACAUGAGAUCUUGGAGUGACUGGGGGUGCCAGAGUAUGCCCAGAGUCCUGCCCUCAGCACUAGGUCCGAUGGGGCCAAGAGGGUCCAAAGCCCUUGCUAACGUACAACUUCUUUAGCUCCUCUGCCUUUCCAGCCCUUUGAGGAGGGACCAUGAGAACAGAAAUUACCUUAUGAAAAGCUUCUCCUCUUCUUUUCACCUUUACAUAUUGAUGAUUUGUUUCCCUGACCUCCCAGAGGGCUGAACCGUUCCAACUCCCUGCUGCCCAGCCUCCUCAGUGGGCUUGCGCCCCCUAAGCAGAGAAGGCCCACAAGGUUGAGUUCUGGUGGGGAGCCUGGCAGAGCCAGUUACCACCCUCUGCUGCUUCGUGCUUGGUUGCCUCUUGCAAUAACCAGCUCUACUGGGUAUUCCUUUCCCUGGGGCUUUUCCAUUUCACAUGUGGAGACCUUCCCCCAACAGGGCUGCUUCCUUGUUUUAGAGGAAGGUACUGCCAUUGGGAGAUUGGGACAUGGGACCUCAGCAGUGAGGAACCCUCGUGAAGUACCGGGAGGAGUGGGGAAGGCGGCAAGUCGGGCAGGAUACAGCCUGCUUCCAGACUUCUCUUCGUCAGGUUUGAUGUAAGCAUGGGCUUGCAGCCCCCAGGUACAUACUUUUACUCAACUGUGGGAUAACCUAGCACUAGUAGGGAGGUAAAGUCACAAAUUUGGUGUCUUUCCACCUUUUGACUAUUGACUUAAUAGCUCCCCUCACUCUGAGGGUUCUUCUGUCCUCUGAUAAAGAGCAAGGAAGAAGUGGAGCCUAGCUUGAAUGAGCUCAGCUCAGACUCCGGGGGCCAUUUUCUACACAGGCAAAUGGAAUUGCUUUUCCCAUGACAUCCAAAUUGUGAUGUGGUUGCUGCUGAAGGAAGAUGCAGCAACAUAGUCCCAUAGUACCCACGGGGUGAUGGAUGCAACCUCUGUGUGCAUCUAUAGGACACUUGACAUCUAACAUGAGAAGAGACGUGGCAUGUGAGAUGAGACUUGGUACGUGAGAUGUAGGGUCACUGGAGACCCUCCCGACUCAGAGGGGAGAGACUGAGUUGAACUGAACCCUUCCUCUGUCCCUUGCACGUUUCUGACAUGCCCUCAAUUGGUCACUGAGGGAGUACCCCCCAGGGUUGGAGAGGCACAUUCCCUUGGGGCAGAGGCUGCAGGUUUGUAGCUUUUUUUCCCUGUCCCCCAACCCUGUCCCCACCUCUACUUCAGGACAUGGCACCCACCCAACCGGCCAAGUGUUAAGUUGAUGUGCUUAUCCUCAAGAGCGGCUCCAGGGGUGUUUUUGAAAUGUAGAGAAAACCAAGUAAGGUGACAGCUUAAGGAAAAAAAACAAUACCAGAAAAGUUUACCCAGAGAAGCUUUUUUUCUCCCCAUUUUUGUUUUGUUUUUACUCAAUGACACAAUUUUUAGUUUUAUUUCCUGAUAGCAAAAGGAAAAAAAAAAAACCCUCAAAAAGGCCAAGGCCCCGUCCCCCUGUUGUCGGUGAUUUGUCUGUCUUUCUGAUAGGUUGAAAAUUGUGUAAUAAACUUGAUGACGCUGUCAAUCUUUUAUACUGCAUUGUAUUUUUUUCCUUUUGUAACAAAAUAUUUUUAAAUAAUAAAUGGGGUGUGAGCUGUUUGA